AUGCUCGCACUAAACUUUGUUCCUAGUUGCUUCUUCGGUAGAUCGGGGCAAAACUCCACUUGCGGUGCGAGUCGAAAACCGUUGCAGUGGAAGUUGCGCACCCCGUUGCAACUCGGUAAGCAGGGCUUCGUGCGACUGCAGCGUCGCACUGCGCAGAGCGGACAACCAGCAAGAGGGCGUUCGGCUUUCCAGAUAAGCUGUACGCACGGAAGGCCAGGUGGUAGCUCGGACGCACGGGAAGCUUUCGACGAAAACGACGCGGAUUUCAUCCUCUCACCAGAAAUCUACCAAAGCCUCUCUAUCUCGGAUAUCGACAGCGGUAGAUAUUUAAAAUCCAUACCACGACUGCAGGACUUUUUGCCGGCAAGUCAAAUACCCCGCGUAUGCAACCCGGCUACGUCGAAAGUUUCGUUCCGUGGGCUCGACAACUACGACACAUCGCCAAACGACGUUGUUUUGAAGCAGACCGUCAUUAAUCCCGACAAGCGUCGCAACUUUGCCCGCUAUCUACGGGCCGGUCCACGAAGCUGGAUUGCGUUUCGACCCGAAGAGGUUCGUGCUGCCAUCGUAACCUGCGGCGGCCUCUGUCCUGGCAUCAAUACAGUUAUUCGAGAGCUGACGGAUGGCCUAUGGCACCUGUACGAUGUACGCAGUAUCGUCGGAAUACGCGGCGGAUACCGCGGCUUCUACAAUGGCACCCCGUACCUGGAGCUCUCCCCGCGAACCGUGGACGGUAUCCAUCGACUGGGUGGUACGAUCCUGGGAUCGUCGCGAGGCGGCUUCGACCUCGAGCAGAUCCUCGGUGCGAUCCGUCGCCACGGCCUCAACCAGUUGUACAUUAUCGGAGGCGACGGUACCAUUCGGGGCGCUGCCGCAAUAGCGGAGGCGUGCAUGCGUGAGCGUCUUCGCGUGAGUGUUGCGAGCAUUCCCAAAACAAUCGACAAUGAUAUUCCAGUCAUUGAUCACAGUUUUGGGUUCAUGACUGCAGUGGAGGAAGCGCAACGUGCGCUGAAUGCGGCGCACGUCGAGGCCACCUGUUUCCCAAACGGCAUCGGUAUCGUACGCCUCAUGGGUCGCAACUCGGGCUUCAUCGCGAUGUACGCUUCGCUUGCGAAUCGCGAUGUGGACUGCUGCUUGAUACCCGAGUUGCCCUUUGAGAUUGAGGGCCCGAAUGGCCUGGCAGCCUUUGUGGAAAAACGAUUGCAGGAAAAUGGCCAUUUUCUGCUCGUGGUGGCGGAAGGCGCCGGCCAGGAUCUCCUCGCCGCAAGCACCGAAAUCGACGCUAGUGGAAAUCGCAAGUUUAACGACAUCGGACUGUACCUGAAAGAACGGUUGCAGGCGUAUUUCAAUCGGGAGAAUAUUGAAGUCUCCAUGAAGUACAUCGAUCCAACGUACAUGGUACGCGCAGUGCCAGCGACGGCGAGCGAUCAGAUGUACUGUGCAGUGCUGGCGCAUAGCGCCAUCCACGGCGCUAUGGCUGGUUUCACGUCCUUCACUGUGGGACCUGUCAACGGUCGACACGCGAUGAUCCCUCUGCAGGACGUCGCUGGGCAGCAACAACGAGUGGAUAUCCGGGAUCGAACCUGGUCGCGCCUCCUGAGUUCCACCGGCCAACCCAGUUCUUUUUUGAAUCAGCCAGCCGCUGCGUUGCAUCAGACUGCCUAG